UUAAUUGUUACCUGUGUGUGCUCAGCCCCCUCCCAGAGCUUAAGGCAGGACUCCUGCACCCGACUGAUUCCCCAAGGGGCCGUACAAGGACUAAGGGAGGCAGUGUGGUUCCCUGCUGGGACGCACCCUCUCUACAAGCCCGCUAUAACAUUUCUAAGCAGAUCUACUCCUAGAUCUAGGUCACAAACAUGAAGAGAGAGGCGUUACUUGAGCUGUAUAUAGCUUCACCGCUGCAGGGUUUUGUGCUCUGGCAACUGGGAUAGAGACUCGAGGCUGUGAAUGAGUUUAGCACUGAACUUCCUCCCACCUUCAUCACUUCCCUGAUUGCCAAAGUAAUCGGGGAGGGGAGGUCCCCUCCUCCAGGGCUCGGGGGUGGGGUGAUGGGUGCAGGGGAUUCCCCUUUCUGGCUCACCCCGGCUGAGACCAAAAGGUGACCAGCGUCGAGGCAGUUACCCCCAGACGAUGUGCAAAGCGUUCGCUGCCAAAGCGACCCCCGCCGCCAGGGAGCCAAGCCCCAGCGGCGCGGCUCGGGGCAGGGGAGAGUUCUCGGGGAGGGGCGCGGCCUGUCCGGGCACAGCUGGAUUGCUGGCCGGACAAGCUGAGGAAGGCGGAGGCGCCCCUCCUUUCCCGUCACCUCAGUCCGCCCCGCAGCCAGCGCGGGAGAGCCCGGCGCACCUCCCCCAAGCCGCAGCAGCAGCCCCGCUGUCUUCCGCCUGCUGCUAACAUCUGCUGCGGCCGCAGCCUGGGCUCCUCCGCUCUGGCCCGGGAACUUCCCACCCCCAGGCAGGCUCAGAGCCGCUCGCUGCCGGGAAGGCUGGUCCCGCGCGGGAGGCGGGGUCACCGUCCCUCGGCUGCUCCGGCUCCGCUGUAACUUUGCGCGCCCGGUUCCCCCGCCUGCCCCAGCCGUGGGGAGCACCUCGGGGCUGCGAAGCGAACGGGCUUUUCCCCGCGGGGCGGCCUCGCCCGCCAGCUACACACCGUUUGCGAGGCGGGACUCGGCGCCCCAAACUUUCGCACAGGCUCGGCCCCGCUGGGCGCGCCGCGGCUCGGAGCUGGCGGGCUCGUGACGGAUCGUGUCCAAAGCUGCCGAGCCGAGAGGCAGCAGCAGCAACUUCUGCCGCCCGCCCCUGGGCCCCGGCUGGCGGCGGGGGAGGACCGAGCGAGCGGAGGAGAGGCGCGCUGGGGCUCGGACCGGGUAUUCGCCACUGCGAGCGCUGGCUGCCCCCUGGGGACUCCGGCUGGCCCGGCGCGGCGCGGGACGAGCAAAGGUCGUCGGUGAAAGGAAAUCGGGACUGGAGGGACCCCGCGGGGAGGCCCCAAAGCCAUUGGGGUGCUGCGCUCAGCCAAAUGGCCGCAAAGGGAGGAAUGUUCCCCCUGGUCCUCACAUAUACAUGGCUGCACACUCGAUUGAAACAUAGUUAAAGAGGAUACUAAAGCUUGGAACGCUGUUUGUGGGUUCUAGGAGGAUGGAGGAAAAGAACUACGCUUGUAUAUCCAGUCAAUCAUGGUGUCCCUCGAGCAAAGCUGUCUAGAACACUUUCCCAAGGAAAGAAGAUAAAGCAAAGUUCAAAAGAAUGAAGAGAUAUAAGUGUCCCUUGAAGUAUCCCAUGAGACAAAAGAUCCUGAUCUUGUUUUUAGCAGUGUGGCUGUUUGCACUUCUGAAACUCCUCAAUGUUGAAAGACUCUUAUUCCCUCAAAAAGGUAUUUAUUUAGUUGAGCACUUCUUAAGCACUUCUUCUUAUGUUAAAAACAAAUACUCCCAUCUUAGAAACAACUUCCAGUAUGAAAUUAACUGUUCGUGUAUAUAUGAACAAGAACCCAGUGAAAUUGGCAAGAGUUUAGAGAUAAGAAGAAAAGACAUAAUUGAUUUAGAAGAUGAAGACGUUAUAGCUAUGACCCGCGAUUGUCAGGUGUAUCGUACACUUAGAGGAUACCACCUAAAGCCUGUUUCCUUGGAGGAGGAAAGUUUCCCAUUAGCCUACUCUUUGGUUGUUCACAAAGAUGCAAUAAUGGUUGAAAGACUCAUACACACAAUAUACAGCCAUCAAAAUAUUUACUGCAUCCAUUAUGACCAAAAGUCUGCUAAUACUUUCAAAUGUGCUAUGGACAAUUUAGCUAAGUGCUUCCCCAAUGUUUUCAUUGCAUCUAAAUUGGAGACCGUGGAAUAUGCACACAUUUCUAGGCUCCAAGCAGAUUUUAAUUGUUUGUCCGACUUGAUGAGGUCGUCGGUUCCAUGGAAGUAUGUUAUUAAUUUGUGUGGUCAAGACUUUCCUUUGAGGUCAAACUUUGAAUUGGUAUCUGAUUUGAAGAAACUCAAUGGAGGAAACAUGCUGGAGACUGUAAAGCCAAGUAGCAGCAAAAGGGAACGAUUCACAUAUCAUUAUGAACUUAAGAGCGUGCCUUAUAAAUACAUGCAGAUGCCUGUAAAAACCAACAUUUCGAAAGAUCCACCACCUCAUAACAUUGAGGUUUUUGUAGGCAGUGCCUAUUUUGUUUUAAGUCGGGCAUUCAUCCAAUAUACCUUUGAAAAAUCUCUUGCUAAAGAUUUUUUUGAAUGGUCCAAGGACACGUAUUCUCCAGAUGAACAUUUCUGGGCAACCCUUGCACGUGUGCCUGGAAUACCUGGGGAGAUUUCAAGGUCAGCUCACGAUGUAACAGACCUGCAAAGCAAGACUCGCCUGGUGAAAUGGAAUUACCUGGAGGACCACUUGUAUCCUCCUUGUACUGGCACCCAUAUUCGCAGUGUGUGCAUCUAUGGAGCUGCAGAAUUAAGGUGGCUUAUAAAUUAUGGACACUGGUUUGCCAAUAAAUUUGACUCCAAAGUGGACCCCGUUUUAAUAAAAUGCUUGGCAGAAAAACUUGCCAAACAACAGAAGGAAUGGGUUGAUUUGUCUUCCGAAAGCUCCUUCAUGCACAGAAGUUCUGCAGAUGUUUCACUAUAGCAGUACACUACACUCAGUAGUCAGUGUUAUCCAGAGUCUGACGCUCCAUUGCCUUGGGGUGUAAAAUGCUACCAAAUCAGAAUGCUCCUUCUGCACAAGUGUAAAUGACUACACAAGGUGCAAUGGAGAGUCAGCCCCAGAUGUGAUGUUAUAUGUCAUGCCCUUUAAGGAUCAUUGUAUAAUUCACCAAAACAACACUGUGUCCUUAAUAUCUUUCAAGGUGAUUCUUAUAAAAAUCAGCUCCACUUUUGAAUGUUUUUUGCGGGGGCUGUGGCACUAUUUGUGGUAAUGGAAUGCUUCAAAUUGAGCCUGCCUGCGCAAUAGCUAGGAUAAGUCCUCAUGUCUGUCCUCCUUAUUCCCCUCUUCUUCUUUAAAAGAUUUGAAACAUAGGAAGGAAGAUGUCCAGGUAUGCUACCUCAGGAAAGCUGGAAGGAAAAAACCCAAAACUAAAAUGAGUCUAAAGAGAAAGUCUGAUGACCACUGAGCCAUAAGCCUGAUCCUGUGAUCCCUCCACUCCCAGUCAGUGGGAGAUGAUGGAGUUUAGCCAUUUGCAGGAUUAGACCCAUAACAAUGAUUUUUGCAAUGUGAAUAUGAUUGGAUGAUAUAAGAGAAGAGAGAUCCUGGAACCUUGCCCACUGCAUUGGAAGUAGCAGUGUUCUCACCUAGCUGUCUGUCUCUGUAUUUAGUUUUCCCCUCUAUUAAUUUCAUGCUUCCACACACUUUUCUGUACCUGUGAAUUAUGUGAUGGUUGAUAGAGGCAGCAUUACACAUGGCAGUUCUUUUGAAGUCUGUAUGUAUUCACCGGAAAUGACAGCUUUCAGAGCUCUACCUAACAGAAAUCAGUGCCAGAAAAUGUAUUAUUCUAGUUCAGUUGCCAUCUCUUCCAUUAGAAACUUCCUCCUGCAAAACCACAGUCAUUCAGGUGAGGGACACCAUUUUAGGGUGGUGCACUGGGUCUAUGUAGAUACAGUAGGUAACAAAUGCAGCUUUUAAUUAGCAUUCAGCAGUUUGGUGUUACAUUAAAAUGCAAAGUAUUGACAAGUCCAGAUUUUGUCCUAGCCACAGGCCCAGAUCCUGAGAUGGGGCUGAGGUGCACUCAGUGCAGCUCAGGAGGGGGCUGUGCAGAAGUGGCUUUAUGCCACCUUUGUGCUUCCCUGGUCCUGGGCUGAUCUGUGGCAGGCCAGGCUCCCACUUCAACUUAGAACCCACUUGCUUCAAAUUGCUCUGGCUGCCUGUGGCCCCAAAGGUUAUCUUAGUAGCCGUGGAUCUUGGGGCAUGAUGGAGCCCUCGCCAUCCCCUUCUCUCAGCUAUGCCCCCUACACUGGGGGCAGGGCCGGCUCCAGGCACCAGCCCACCAAGCAUGUGCUUGGGGCGGCACCUGGAGGGGGGCAGCACGGCGCUCCGGA